ACAUCCAUCAUGUUCUCAGCGCCCAAAAGAAGUAUCCAAAGGAAGACAUUCCAAUGGAGUUAGUGCCUUGGAUUUUGUGGAGACUAUGGAAGAACAGGAAUGAGUUUCAGUUUAAAGAGAGGGAUUAUGAUGCGGUUAGUACCCUGAAUAAGGCUAGAGAAGACGCAGAGGAUUGGAAGAGAGGUAAUGAGGUGGAAUUGAAAGAGGUUAAGAAAAGUGCCCCCACGGGUCAUUGUCAUAAAUGGAAACCUCCACCAGCCACAUGGGUGAAAUGUAACUCCGACGGGUCUUGGAAAAAAGACAGAGACCAAAGUGGAGUUGGCUGGGUGAGUAGGGAUCAAAAUGGCAGGCUGAUGUGGGCUGGAGCUAAGGCAAUUCAGCAUGUGGGAUCAGUUAUAGAGUGUGAAGCAGAAGCGAUUAGAUGGGCAGUAGCAACAUUAUUUGGCUUUGGGUAUAGGAGGGUGAUAUUUGAAUCGGAUUCAUUGACAUUUUGUAGGAUGAUCCGAGAAGAAGAAGAAGUUUGGCCUCUGCUAUCACCAAUUCUGCAGAGUAUUACACACAUGCUGAAGGCAAAUCUAGAAUUUAGAGUGGAGUAUGGUCUAAGAGAGGGUAAUAAGGUGGUUGACAGAAUAGCAAAGGAGUCUUUUUCUUCUAUGAAUUAUGUUCCCAAGUUAUAUUCUGUAACACCUAUGUGGUUGAAAGAUGUAGUAGAGGCUGAUAUGCCUAUGGAGUUUGUAAACAGUCGGUAAAUGUUAAGUUUGAAGUUGAGUUUAAAAAAAAAAAAAAAGACACAUAUAUAACUACGUUGCUGAUUGAAGAAGACGACAGGUGGUAUCACGAAACGUAAACCGUUACUUUUGUCAUUUUCUUUAUAUUAAGUAAUAAGUAUAAUAAUAACUAGAGAUUGACCCGCACGCCCGUGCGGGUGUUAAUUUUUACUUUCUUAUAAAUCGAUAUUUUAUUUUUAUGAUUAGUAUUAUAUAUUUUAUAUGUGUCAUAAUAUAAUUAAUUGCAUAAGUACUUUUAGAUUUCUAUACAUCAUGAUCGAACCUGAAUCAAAUAGAGUAAUAUGAUUACUUUUGGUUAUUUGGUUAUUUUUAGUUUAAUUUGAAUUCAACAUACCCGAAUUGAAUCGGUUAAUAUUCUUACUUUUCAUACAAAUAUCCGUACCGGCGUCAAAUACAUUAGUUUUUGGAUAUUUGUAGGUUUGUAUAUAUCAAGACUGAAUUCAUCUGGACCCGAUUCGAAACACACAUGAAAAUUUAUAAUACCGAAAUGAAGUCUAGUUUCAAAACUCAAAAAGCAUGAUAACCCACAGAAAUAACUCGUAGCUGAAUAGUUAUCCGAAUGUCCAUGUCUAACCGAUACAUAAGUAAAUAAAAAAAAUUGUUAACCAUUUUGAAUUCUUAUCACAAAUAGAGUGGUUUCAUUCAAAUAUGUCGAAUUAUUAUAGUUAAUAUGUAAAUAAUCCUGGCAAAAUAUUAUAGUAAAUAUAAUUAAUGAGAUAGUUAAAAAGUGAGAAAAUGAA